GGCGGGUUUUACAGAACACGGGUGGGCAAACAAGGAAGCAGCAUGGGUGAAUGAAAGGUGUAGUUGCUGCCUGGUAGCUGGAAGAGCUCUGUGUUGAACUUUUUUUUUUUUAAUCGGUUUGUUUUCAGGACAAUCGGGAUGCACGAGAGGCUUCUUCCUGCGUCGCCUAACUGGUACUGCUCGCGCUGCAGCGACGUGAACAGCCGCGGCGUGUUGGGCUUCGGAGCUAAAAACACAGUUUUCCUGCUGCAGGUGAACGCAGCCUCAGCAGCCGUGCUCGGAGAACUCAGGGGUCACACCGAAAGAGUUUCUGGCUUCUCAUUUUGCAGACAUGAUGGACAAGAAAACAUCUGCGCCAGCAGUUCAGAUGAUAAAACAAUCAAAAUCUGGGACGUUGAGCAGAAGCUGGUGUUAGAGGAACAUAAUGUCCACCAGAACACCAUCUCGGCCCUCCACUGGUCUCCGAUGCAGAAAGCAUUACUGGUGUCAGGAGAUGAGAAAGGGGUUGUGGUGUGUCACUGGCUUGGCAGAGGAGACACUCGCAGCUUCUUCCCCGAACCCAGAACCAUCUUCUGUCUGUCCUGCUCUCCACACACCGAGAACUACGUCGCUAUUGGGUACAAGGAUGGAAUGAUCGUACUGAUAGACAUCAGCAAGAAAGGAGAUGUGAUCCAUCGUCUGCGAGGUCAUGAAGAGGAGAUCCACGCUCUCGCCUGGUGUCCCGAUCCUCAAGAGGACACGCUGUACAGUCGACCUGAGGACAACGCUGACGUGUCCAGCGGGCUAGCAGACGUCCAGCAGGGUGGUUACCUUGCUUCAGGUAGCCGGGAUCAGACCGUUAGAAUUUGGAGCACAACAAGAGGCAAAGGUGUUAUGACCCUGAAGCUGCCGUUUUUGAAGAGGCGAGGCGCAGGAGUGGACCCCGGGGUGAAGGAGAGACUCUGGCUCACGGUGCACUGGCCUAAAGGAAGACCUUCGCAAGUCGUGUCCAGCUGCUUUGGUGGAGAGCUGGUGGUUUGGGACCUCACAAAAUCAGGCAAACAGAAGUGGACUCUGCUGGGCAGCUCAUCAGACGGUCAGAACCACAGCCGCAUCGUCUUCAACAUGAGCUCAGUGUGUGUGGGGGACAGAGAGCUUCUCAUCAGCACAUCCAUGGACCGAGACAUUAAAUGUUGGGAUCUGGACACUCUGGAGUGCUGCUGGACUUUACCCACCAUGGGAGGCUUCAUUUACUCUCUCAGCUUCUCUCCGGUGGCCACGGGCUGCCUGGCGCUGGGGGUCGGCGACAGCAUGAUCCGCGUGUGGAACACUCUGUCCAUCCAGAACCCGUACGAAACCAAGACGUUCUGGCAGGGGAUCAAGUCCAAAGUCACCGCUCUGGCAUGGCAUCCAGUGAAGGAGGGAUCUUUAGCUUUCGGCACAGACGAUGGAAAAGUAGGGAUCUAUGAAGUUUAUUCCAACAAGCCUCCACAGAUCUCCAGCACGUACCACCGUAGAACGGUCUACUCUCUGGACUGGGGUCCUCCAGUACCACCUCUGUCAUUCGGAGAGAGACCCGACUACACGCUGUACAGUUGUGCAGGAGAGGGCGUGAUCUUUCAGCAUGACCCGUGGAAGCUGUCAGACGAGGCCAGCAACAUCGAUAAACUCAUCCGUGACUCUAACAACAUUAAACACAAACUCCCUCCUCACACAGACCUGAGCUGGAAGCCAGACGGGAAAGUCUUGGCUAUCGGAAAUGAAGACGGCUCUAUAGAAGUGUACAAGGCGCCGAGUCUGAAGCUUCUGUGCACCAUACAGCAGCACCAUAAAAUCAUCAACACACUGUGCUGGCACCAUCAGCACUCCACGCAGCCUGAGCUGCACUUCCUGCUCGCCUCUGGCUCCAGCAACGCCCUCGUGUAUGUCCACGACCUGCGCAGCGCUAUCGAGAACCCGUCCGAGAGCCCAGUCUUGGUGACUGAAGCCUUCAGCACUUUGUCUGGACACACCAACAAAAUCACCGGAUUGGCGUGGAGUCCUCAUCACGACGCUCACCUGGUCACAGUCUGCUACGACGGUACAGCUCAGGUGUGGGAUGUGCUGAAACAGGAGCCGGUGUGUAACUACAGAGGUCAUAACGGCCGCGUGCUGUGUGUGCAGUGGUCACCCGUUAACCCUGACCUGAUCUGGACAGGCGCUGAUGACUUCACGGUGCAGGAGUGGGCCGUGUCCAAACAGGAGCACGUUAAACCUCCGAAGAGUAGGAGACGUGUGGAGAUGGAGAAAAAGAAAGCACCAACGAAGAAAGCCAAGAAGAAAAAGAAGGUAGCGGAAAAGCGUGGGGUGAAGACGGAGGAGAACGAAUCGCUGAUGGGAGAGGAAGCAGGAGGAGGAACCGGCAGUGGAAUGGAGGAAGGACAGACAGAAGAUGAAGCAGAAGAUGAGGAGAGAGAACAUGUUGUCUCCACUGUCACUGGUUUGUCUCAGGAGAUCGGGUCAGUCACGGAGAAAGUGCACGUCAAUGGCGAGAAAUCUUUUCUAACUGUGAAGAAAGAAGAGAAGGAUGAGAAGAAGAAAGAAAAAUCAGAUCUGUGCAUGAAGAAGAGGAAGCCGCGCUCCAUCCUGCCUCUUAGCACCUCCAUGGACCACCGACCCAAAGAGGAGCUUCAGCAGGACUGCCUUACGCUGGCUGCCGUCAAACACACACAGGGUGAGACAGAGAACUGUGUCCCGGGAACUGGAGAACACAUCCAGCUUGGUUUAUUCGCAGACAGACAAGCCCUCUACAGGAUGUUCCAGGAGGAAGAGGACAGUCACGUGGACGCAGGACAUUACGACUCGAUGAUGUAUCUGAGGCUGUGGAAAGGAGAUCUGAUUGGAGCUCUACAGCUGGCCACAGAGAAAGGACAGCUGACUGACCACUUACUGAGCUUAGCACCUAUGGCUGGUUAUCAGGUGUGGGUCAGGACAGUAGAGGCUUAUGUGAAGCAGCUGUGUAUGCAGGAGCAGUUCCUCAAAGCCGCCUCGCACCUCGUGUCCAUUCACAAACUCUACGAAGCCAUCAGCCUCCUCAAAUCUCACCAGUUCUAUAGGGAAGCCAUCGCCCUGGCCAAAGCCAGACUGCAGCCUGAGGACCCCGUGCUGAAGGAUCUCUAUAUGAGCUGGAGUGCCGUGCUGGAGAAGGACGGCCAUUACACCACGGCUGCUAAAUGCUAUCUCGCUGCGGAUUCCAGUUUUGACGCGGCCAAGGUCAUCGCUAAGAAAGGGGACGUGAUGUCACUGAAGACGGCCGCCAACCUGGCAAAGCUCUCGGGCGAGAGAGACCUGUGCCACUCGCUCGCUCUGAGAUGUGCCAAAGACCUUGUGCACUCGCAGGAUUGGCUCUCAGCGCAAGAGAUCCUCAGCACGCAAGACACCUUACUGGGUCACAGGCUUGUGUUCUGUGUGUGUGAGCUCCUCACUCAGAGACUGUCACACACCGGGUUGGUGACCUGGACCUCGCCGUCGUGUCACGCCUGGUCUAAGCCCAGCGAUGAGCGCUUCCUCAGUGCUGUACAGAGUGUGUGGAGGAGUGUGUUUGGGCUCGACUCUGCUGAUCUGGACCGGCUCAAAGCGCUCCAUCAACAGCUGGGAGCCGUGGAGAACCCGCCUGCUACUGCCACCUGUACAGCUCCUUUAAAACAGCUGUUGUCUCACGUGGCCUUGGACGUAGCUCUUUCUGCACUCAGUGAGCUGCUGGGUGACUGCGGCUCGCUGGUAGAGGAGCUCCUGAGAGCUCUGUCUCGAGUCUUCAAGGCCAAUCAUUUUCCUCUAAUGGCCGAGAUGUGCCAGCUUUUCCUCCCUGGAGGUAUGGAUUCUGUAGCAGUCUAUAAACAAAAGCUGCAGAGUGACGAAAGAAGCCUGGCCGCUUCUCAAAGUCUGGAAGCUCUUGUCUGUUACCAGCUCAUGUAUAACAAUUGGUGGAAAUGCAGUGGCUUCAAACACUUUAAUGGCCACCAGACGCCAGUAGAGAACGGAGACGCCGCUCACGAGAGUGAACCCCGAGACACUGAAAGUGUUCUCAGCUCUGAAGGACCUCUCAGUGAGGACUUCUGGAACGUUCUUCUCUCGGAGCCCCACGCUGCCCUACAGUCCACACAGAGAGCUUUAGAAGCCAUGCAGAGCAGAGUGGCCAUGCUGGUCCAGCAACACAGCCACCUUCAGGUGGAGGAGCAGAACACCUCUGAAGGAUUGGGAGAUCCAGAGACCAGAUCUUCUGCAGAUGCUGAAUCUUUUCCUGCCCUGGUUGCUCAGGUCGCUGAGCAUCAGAAAAAACUCGCUGCUAUUCCGGACCAUGUGAAAAACUACGCCUUCCCUGACGUGCUCGAAUGCUGUCUCGUCCUCUCGUACACGGAUAAGCACUUUGGCGGGAUUCCACAGCGUCUCCGUGAGAGGGCUUCGGCUUUGCUGCUCACAUACGCAUCUACGGGCUCGCUGUGCAAAGCUCGGCAGAGAUUCACUUUAUAAACCCACAACAGCACUUAGUUAUUUUCUCUUGAAUAAAAUACGCAUUUGUAUUUUUUGUUUAAUGUGUAAAAUUAAUCUCACACACACGAUCAGCUAUAUUAUAUUGCCUGUACCUUAAUAAACCUUUUUCCCCACAAACAGAAA